CCGAUUUUGACUGAGGCAGCAUUUGUACAUGUAAAGGUGGACGCCGUAUCAUUGGGAGUACCAAAUAUUUUUCACUUUUUAUGGCAUACAAGGGAAUUUCAAAAUGUAUAUCAAGGAGAUUAUCAUAGAUGGGUUUAAAUCCUACGCUCAGAGGACUGAAAUUAAGGGAUUUGACCCUCUCUUUAAUGCAAUUACCGGACUGAAUGGAUCGGGAAAGUCCAAUAUUUUGGACUCCAUUUGUUUUCUGUUGGGAAUCAGCAAUUUAACACAGGUCCGCGCUGGUAGUCUUCAAGAGCUGGUGUACAAAGGGGGCCAGGCUGGUGUUACCAAGGCUACAGUGACCAUCACCUUUGAUAACCGGGACAAGAAACAGAGCCCAUUGGGAUAUGAAACGUUUGAUGAAAUCACCGUCUCCAGACAGGUGGUGAUUGGUGGGCGCAACAAGUAUCUGAUUAAUGGCAGCAACGCCAACAACAGCCGGGUGCAGGACCUCUUCUGCUCGGUCCAGCUCAACGUCAACAACCCCCACUUCCUCAUCAUGCAGGGGCGCAUCACCAAAGUGCUGAACAUGAAGCCCCCGGAGAUUCUGGCAAUGAUUGAGGAGGCUGCAGGAACCCGAAUGUAUGAAAACAAGAAAGCUUCUGCCCAGAAGACCAUUGAGAAGAAAGAUGCUAAACUCAAGGAAAUUGACUCGAUCAUGUCUGAGGAGAUCACGCCCACCCUGACCCGCCUCAAGGAGGAGCGCUCCAACUACCUGGAGUACCAGAAGGUCCUGCGCGAGCUGGAACACCUCUCUCGCCUCCACAUCGCCUACCAGUUUGUGGGCGCCGAGGAGAUGUCCAAGAAGUCGGCCGAGGACCUGGCCAAGAUGGCCGACCAGAUGAACCAGCUCCGAGACCGGCUGAAGGAGAUCGACGACAAGAUCGUGGAGCUGGGCCAGCUGAUCAAGAACCUGGAGAAGCAGCGGGACGCCGAGGCCGGCGGGAGGAUGAAGGAGCUGGAGAAGAGCCUGGCCGAGCAGCAGAGCGUGGACGCCAAGAUGCAGAGCUCGGUGCAGCACCAGCGGGAAUCCCUGACCAAGGAGAAGAAGAACAAGAAGGCCAUACUCAAGAGCUACGACGAGGACCAAGCUACCCUGAAGAGCAAAGAAAAGGACAUCGAGAAGAACAGUGCCAACUUUGAGAAGGUGGCCUCAGCCUACAAGGCCAGCACGGAGGCCGUAGGGGCCGCCCAGAAGCACCUGCAGGCGGUGUCUGCCGGCCUGUCCAGCAGUGAGGACGGCGGGGAGGCCAAGACGCUGGCCGACCAGCUCAUGGCCUGCAAGGACGAGAUGAACUCGGCCGAGACAGGCCUGAAGCAGGCCCAGAGCACCCUGAAGACGGCCCAGGGCGAGCUCAAGAAAAAGCAGUCGGAGCUGAAGAAGACAGAGAAGGAAUACCAGAAGGACACGACCAACCUGGAGGCAGUACAGAAGAGCAAAGCCAAAAUAGAGGCGGAGAUGAAGAAGCUAGGCUUUGAGGACGGCAAGGAGGACGCCCUGGUGAAGCAGAAGAAGCAACUAGGAGAGCAGGUGCAUCAGCUGCAGGACAAGGUCAACGCGCUGACCGCCAGGUUUCCCAACCUGCAGUUUGAGUACAGAGAUCCGGAGAAGAGUUUUGACCGGUCUAAAGUGCAUGGCCUGGUAGCCCGCCUCAUCCAGGUUAAAGAUGUACGGAAUGCCACAGCUCUAGAGGUCACAGCUGGUCGCAAAUUGUACAACGUCGUGGUAGACACCGAAGUCACCAGCAAGAAGUUGCUGCAGAAGGGAGAGCUGAAGCGGCGCUACACCAUCAUACCCCUCAACAAGAUUGCCGCCCGCUCCCUGGCCCCUGACAAAGUCAAAACUGCUGAGAACCUGGUGGGCAAGGGUAACGUCCACACCGCCCUGUCGCUGGUGGGUUACAAGAGGGACGUGGAGGCGGCCAUGCAGUUUGUCUUUGGCGGAUCGCUGGUCUGCAACCAGAUGGACCAUGCCAAGAAGGUGACCUUUGACCCCAAGGUCAGAACUCGGAGUGUGACCUUGGCUGGGGACACCUUUGAUCCUUCAGGGACACUAACCGGAGGUGCUCGCGCCAAAGGCUCAACAGUCUUGGCCAAGCUGAGCGAGCUCCAAGAUGCAGAGAGGGAAUUGGGAAAGAAGGAGCAGGAGCUGGCGGCCGUGGACAAGGAGCUGGGCACCCUCCGAGGGGCUGCUGACAAGUUCCGUCAGCUGAAGGAGCAGUACGACCUCAAGGUGCACGAGGCGGCGCUGCUCCAGGAGAGACUGCAGCAGAGCUCCCACCACAAGCAGCUGGAGGAGAUCCAGGCACUCGAAGCUUCAGUGGCGGAGCAGGAGGCCACCAUUCCGGCGGCCAAGGAGAAGCAGCGGGAGCUGGCCGAGAGGAGCAAGACGCUGGAGGCCAAGAUCAAGGACGCCAAGUCGGUCCGGGAGAAGGAGCUGAAGGAGGCAGAGGCCGGGGUGACCAAGGCCAAGAAGGCGGCUGAGGAGGCCAACAAGGCCAUGAAGCAGAAGCAGCAGGAAAUGGACACAUUGCGCCUUGAGGUUGAGGAUCUCAAGAAGGAACUCACCAAGUACGACGACCAGCUGGCGGCCGUAGACAAGGCUAUCGCUGGCUUUGAAGAGCAGGUCAGAGAGAUGGAGGAGAAGGCUAAGGAGACCAAGAAAGCCGUCGGAGAGACCAAGAAGGCCCUGGAGCGGCAGAAGGAGUUGCUGAAGGAACGCAACCAGGACAUCCAGGCCAAGAUCGCCCAGCAACACCAGCUGAGCACGGAGGACCAGGACACGCAGGUGGAGAUGAAGGAGCUAGAGCACCAGAUGGCCAAGUACCAGCGCGACAGCAAGGAUGCCGCUAAUAAGGUGGAAACCUUGAUGACCAAGUACGAGUGGAUUGCUACCGAGAAGCAGUACUUUGGCCAGCCCAACACGGCCUACGACUUCAGCAACACGGAGCCGCGGGAGGUGGCCCGCCGCCUGCAGAAGCUGCAGGAGACUAAAGAGAAGCUGAGCCGUAACGUCAACAUGCGGGCCAUGAACAUGCUGAGCAAGGCCGAGGAGAAGUACAACGACUUGAUGAAGAAGAAGCGCAUCGUGGAGAACGACAAGAAAAAGAUCAUGGCCACCAUCCAGGAGCUGGACGAGAAGAAGAACGAAGCCCUCAAGAAGGCCUGGGCACAGGUCAACAAGGACUUUGGUUCGAUCUUCUCCACCCUCCUGCCCGGCACUCAAGCUAAGCUGCAGCCCGUCGAGGGCCAUUCCAUUCUGGACGGGUUAGAAGUGAAGGUUGCCUUCGGUGACGUGUGGAAGGAGAGCUUGUCUGAGUUGAGCGGUGGCCAGAGGUCGUUGGUGGCUCUCUCCCUCAUCCUCUCCUUGCUGCUCUUCAAACCGGCGCCCCUGUACAUCCUGGACGAGGUGGACGCGGCGUUGGAUCUGUCCCACACCCAGAACAUCGGCCAGAUGCUUCGCACCCACUUCAAGCACUCCCAGUUCAUCGUGGUGUCGCUCAAGGACGGCAUGUUCAACAACGCAAACGUCCUCUUCAAGACCAAGUUUGUGGACGGCGUCUCCUGCGUGACCCGUUACGCACAGAGCCCCUCCUCUUCCUCGACGGCCGGCCCAGGCCGCUCCGGUUCCGGCGGGAGCGUGUCUGGAGGGGGCGUCGGCAGGGGGAAAGGAACAGCCAAGAAGCAGACAGGCGGGGCCAAGAGAGCCAGGGUGGAGCCGCUGAUGGAACUGGCCCAGUGAGAUACAGAAACCAACUGGUAAUUAUUUUCAUCUCAGGCACCAUUUAUGACAAGAGAAAUGUGAAGCAAAGAAUUGAUUCAAGUAAGUGUAUGACCGUCUAAAAUAUCAGUGUAAAAAGUCCAAGAUGUUGCAUUGCCGAAUGGACUUCUUGUAGCCCAAAAAUAUGGGUCCGAUUUUGACAACAUUUGACAUGUCCUUACUGACCACGAGGAUCAGUGAAUCCGAAAUCAAUUUCUGAUACCUGCUUUGUAAACCUGCGGCCGAUUUCACAAAACGUGGCGCAACCUUAAGCCAUGUGUAAACCUGGCGUCACAAAUUUCUUGCUGCGCAAUAUGCUUGCGUUUGAUUUCACAAUACGUUGCUUAGCUGCACAACGCCUUGAUUAGGACAAAGGACAUGGACAAAGACACAGCUUUUACAAUGCCAGUUCCGUUGCAGUGUUUAACCCCUUCACGGCUGGAUUAUUUUGACCGCGACUGCUGGGCCGUGGUAUGCCCUGAAUGGAGGGCUUUGUCCAGCCUGGUGUGGUAGUCGCAGUCCUCCGUAGCGCAGCGGUUAAGCAGUCGUCAAAUCACCUCCAACUACCAUUUUGAAGUUUUCGUCUUUUCUUUGUCAGAACCAGACAUAAAUUUCAAAGUUCUUCAUUACAUUCUUAAACAAAGUUGUGCAUUUCUCAUACAAACCAUGUUAAAUUCAGCAGUGAUAAGCCCUGAACACACACCAAGAGUUGGUGAAAUCAUCAAUUUUCGCGUUGGUGCAACUCGCAUCACCUUGAAUGACUGCAUAAGUCACAUGUACGCCAUGUUAAGUUUUGUGAAAUUGUUCUUCAUUUUUAAUUUGGUGCACAAUAAAGUGAGGCAUGGGUUAUGUUAUGUCGUUGCUUAAAAGUUUUGUGAAAUCGGCUUCUGGUCUUGGAAUAUUUCAGAUUCAAUCUUUAGGCUCUCAGUCCGAUGAAGCUUAUGUUUUCCACUGUAAUAUCGAGAGUUCUGCAGUAUUCAGGAAGAUCUCAGUUGUUUAUUUACAAUUCAUCAUUCACGUAUAUAUAGUACAUAGAUUUGAGGGUAUACAUUAGCCUGCUACGUAAUAUAACAUGAGGGAAGGUUCUUUUUUUCCCAGUGUUUGAUUUUGGUAAGACUCAAUAUUCCUUGCUUCCAUUUUUCGUGUUUACAGCAAUCUUGGCUCCAGCACAAAUUUAUCGUACUUCCUCCUGAGCCGAUUUAUCCCAUGAACUGAUUUCAUUCAAAGGCAAAUCAACUGAGGAUGGAGUGCAAUGGAACUUGCGCAGGAUUCCAGAUGGCGCACCAAACAGUCACAUUACUGGAGUUGUCCAGAAACCUGAAGGGGGGCCUUUAUUUAUAAUAAGUUUCAACUACCCUCAACAACGUCCUUGGCACAGGACAACAGUGUCUCCCAAAGAAAUAACAACUGUAAAUGUAUACAUUGCAUACCAAGUCAAGCCAUCACUGUUAGGGAACAAUCAUGAUUUGUAAAUGCUCCUCAACAAACUUUGUUUUGAUGGUACUUGUACACAGAGUAGUAAAAGUCUCAGAAUUAGGUACAUUUGGUCCACUAGAAAAAAAGGAAUAGCUUAAAGUAAAUGUACAUACAUGUAAACAGUUCUUUAUGGUCUCUUCUACAAUAACGCGGACUGUGUAAGAUAUUCAAGCUCAUUUUGUUGAUUCCAGAGUGAAACCUACAGACCUGUCUGGAUUUUAAGAAAUACACGAAGAUUUGCAGUGUGAAGUGCAAAGGCUGGUUAAUUAUUGUAAGUAAUGGAAUGUUUAUUGCAGAAUUAAUUUCA